AUGCCUGACUUUGUGAAAGCCGGAUACUGGAUUUGCGGGUCUAGGUACUUCACCCGGUCGGUAAAAGAUUUGCCUUCCGAACUCUUCACACAUCUUUAUGCUGGCUUUGCCGAGGUCAACGCUAAUGAUGGCAGGGUCACCGUUCCUGAGAAAUACGAGGAUCAAUUCCGAAACUUCACCAACACCGUUCGAGAACGAUCCCAUGGAGUGAAAACUCUUUUAUCCAUCGGUGGUGAAGGCUCUCACAUAUCUACAGUGGUGGCAGAUCCAAAUAAGCGUCAAGCAUUCAUAAGGACCUCCAUAGAUCUAGCCAGUGAUUUCCAUUUCGAUGGCCUUGACCUCUGCUGGCUGUACCCUAAUUCCCCGACCGACAACCCUGAAAAUCUGAAGUUACUCCUGGAGGAGUGGCGCCGUACUGCCACGGAUUCGUUGCUGCUAACUGCAGCGGUGUAUCACCACCCGGUCAUUCCUCCCAGUCCCAUCCAGGAGGGCAACAAUGUUAAUUUCAAUUAUCCUUGUCAGGCUAUUUCAGAAAACUUGGAUUGGAUCAACGUACUGUCCAUUGACUUCUAUACUCCCUCCAAGUCACCGGGGGAGACUGGACCGGUUCAUGGGUGGCGUACUCGAUCUACAGAGCCAACCAAGUGCGGAAGUCAUGGCAUUGGAAGCUGGAUUAAUACUGAAAUUAUACAUGUGCAAAAACUCGUCCUCGGCCUUCCAUUUUAUGGCUAUAAAUGGAUUCUAGACAACCCGAAUAUCUGUGAAUCAAUCUUUGCACUGGCUCAUCCAGCAACUGAUACACACCCCAUAUCCUACAGAAAUAUCCCGCCAAGUCCCCGGAAACAUAAUAAAUACUAUGUUGCUAGCUACGUGCAGAACGAGGGGAGUUGGUAUGGCUUUGAUGAUGAAUGCGACAUCUCCACAAAGGUUAGAGAGGCAAUUGUUGGCCGUAAAUUGCGCGGUUACUCUGCAUGGAAUGUGAACGGCGACGACGAAAAAUGGACUCUUUCGAAUGCAGCCUACAAUGCGGCCAAUGCGGUUAACCCGUAA